AAAAAGCGAAGGAAAUUUGCAUAAACAAUGCAUUAAUCGCAACGCAUUAUUAACUAUGAUUAUUGAUGGCUACGACAACUGCGUUGUUAAUUCUUUGUUGUGUUGUUUUGUGUCUGUGUGAACCGCAAAUAUUGUGAAAUUGCAGAAAUCAAAUGCCGAUAUGCAAAUUAAGUAAAUUAAAAUUACAACAAUCAAUAAUAGUAAGCCGUCAAAUUAAUCAAAAAGAAAAGUGCAAAAUCUGUGUGAAAAUGGUGAAGAACAAUAAUAACUUGGACCUGAAACCGCUCAGCAACGGGCAUGCUCUGCUUCAGAAUGGCCACGCAGGGGGCGUGCCCACGCCCACAGCUCCUGCAGUUGGCUGGCGCCAAACGCUUUGGAAUAGCUGGGAUGCCUUUGCGGACGUUGCAUGGUUCAUCAUCACCUGCAUAGGCUAUAUACUCCAGGACCUCUAUUAUAUUGCCUUUGGCUAUCCUGAGAAGGAACUGAACACGGACAUUGCCUUAAUCACAGGUGGCGGCAAUGGACUUGGUCGUCUGCUGGCCGAAAGACUCGGCAAAAUGGGCACCAAAGUCAUCAUCUGGGACAUUAACAAAAAGGGCAUUGCGGAGACCUGUGAAAUUGUUGAAGAGGCGGGCGGCUACUGCAAAGGCUACGUGGUGGACAUAUCAAAGAAGGAAGAGGUCUACAAAGCAGCCGAUGUCAUCAGAGAAGAAGUCGGUGAUGUUACACUGCUGAUCAACAACGCUGGCGUUGUGUCUGGCCUGCAUCUGUUGGAUACUCCGGACCAUCUGAUCGAGCGUUCGUUCAAUGUGAAUGUUAUGGCACACUUUUGGACCACAAAAGCAUUCUUGCCCAAAAUGAUCGAGAAAGAACGAGGACACAUCGCGACGAUCGCUUCACUUGCUGGCCAUGUUGGCAUUAGCAAAUUGGUCGAUUAUUGUGCCAGUAAAUUUGCAGCGGUUGGCUUUGAUGAGGCGCUGCGUCUGGAGCUUGAAGUCCUUGGACACACGAACAUUCAAACCACCUGCAUUUGUCCCUUCUUCAUCCAGGCAACUGGAAUGUUCGAUGAUGUGAAUGCCAGAUGGGUGCCCACAUUGAAUCCCAACGAUGUGGCCGAUCGUGUCAUUUCGGCGAUUAAGAAGAACGAGAAACUUGCGGUUAUCCCUGGUUUCCUCAAGUUCCUGCUGUCGCUCAAGUGGACCUUCCCCUGGGGUUGUGUGGGCGGCUUGUUGCGUCGCCUUGUGCCUGAUGCCUCACCCCAUGGUUUGCCUAGCUCACAAGCGAGUGCCACAAUCGUCAGUUGCAAUGGCAGUGGCAAGGUAAAUGGCAGCAUCAUUUCCUCCACCACCGCCGCGGACAUGGCCGCCCUCGAUGCGCAACUGAGCAGCGCCAGCGUCACGUUGCCGGCCAAAUCACCCUCGAUGCUCAUCCAGCGGACACCGUCACUGGGGGAGCGGGUGCUUUGAGCACACACCGAGCGAAUGCCCCUCUGCCUGCCUCUUUUUUUUUGCAUUUUACGAGUUAUGUGUGUGUAAUUGAAUUUGUGUUUUUGGCAUUUUUCCUCCUCCUCUCUCUGUGAGGCUGGCUUUGAGGAUGGUUUCGUGGUCACACGCACAUUUACUAAUUCUAAGCUACGAGUCUAGUGAUAUUACAUUUAGUUAUGCAAAGGCCUCCGCUAUAAAGCGCAUGCAAUUAGUUCUCUAAUUUUUGUACAAAACACACACAAAAAACAACAUUCACUGAGCAUCUCUCAGUUAGUCACUUAAAUUUAAUCAUAAAAAGCGCAUUUUCUUUUUUGGGUUUGUAGUCUUUAAUCUAUUUGUAACUCUUUGUUUUUAUGUUGGGACUUUAUAUGUACUUAUGUUAAUACUUUAAGCUUAGGCCGCGUGAUUUCUUCAAUCAAUUUUUGCCGUAGAUAAAACAUUAUAAUAAAUAAUUGUACAAAAUUGCAAAUUUUCUUACUCGAACAACAAAUUCAAACGAAAUACUUUUGUCUAUAACUUUAAGCCUUAUAUUAAAUUUACGAACUGUCAAAUAUCUUGCAAUUUUUCUUAGCUUAAUUUACUUUGUGUGUGCAUCGAAGGAUUAGUUUUAUAAAACUUGUAUGUUUAAUUUA